AUGACAACAACAACAACAAUAGUAUAUUAUAAUCAACAAAUCAUUGAAAGGAUUAAAUGGAUCAUCGAGAAUGAAGAAUACAAGAAACUACUUUUAGAUCAAGAUGACCGAGUAUCAUUCAAACUAGUGGGAUAUGAACAAACGGUAUUAUAUGUAUUACCAAAUGUUCAUUCUGUCGUUCAAAUGUUAAAUGAUAAUGAAAUAAGAGAUUCUAUACCAUUUGGAUUGGAUAUCAUUGGAUCUUUGUAUAUCAUUUCAAAUGAUGAUGAUGAUGAAAAGAAGAAGAAGGAACAUCUCUUGGUUCAAUCAUCAUCACCAAUGUUGAUUGCAUUCUAUGAUCAACAAUUAGACAAGAUUGAAUUCUAUGACAAGGAAUCAAACAGAAUCGAGGAAAUAGUACAAAUCACAAACAUACAAGAACAUUUAAACAAUCAAUUCGAUUUCAUUUGGGUUCAUUCAAAUACUAUUCUAUCAAAAGAUACAAUAGAACUAUUUAAAUCAUCUAAAAAGGAUUCAAUCUACUUUAAAAAAUCAAAUAGUAAACAAUUACUUUCAAUCAAUACUACAACUAAUCAAUUAAAAUCUCUAUUUGAACAACAAUCAACAACAAAAAAGAAUUCAACAACUUCUUCUUCCUCAUCAUCUACAUCUACAUCAUUCUUUGGUUUUAAAACAGUAUUGGAAUUGGUUCCAUUAUUUAAAGUAACAACCAAUGAUAUUACAAAUUUAUUGACACCUCAACUAUCGCUUGUAUCUUGUUCCAACAACAACAAUAAUAAUAUUAUUCAAGAAUCAUCAUAUGAAUUUAAUAGAAUUGUUUUCAUUCCAAAACAAUCGUCAUCAUCGUCUGAUGAUACCAUAUUUAAUAAUAUUAUUAAAUCAAUUUUAAAUCAAGUAUCAUCUGGCAAUAUAAAAUAUUAUCAAUUUGAAAUACCAUUUAUACCAUUUCCAAUAACUAUUGGAUAUGAAAAAAAUGGAUCCGGAUUGAUAGAUGAUGAAGAUGAUAAAUUAAAAUCUAAAAGAUAUAAUUAUCAUGUUCAAUUUGGUUUACCACUUGAUAAACCACUUUUAAGAUCAUCAAAAGCUUAUACUCCUCCAACACCAACUGAUAUGGAUAAUAGUAAUAGUUCUAGUAAAUUUACUCCACAUAUUCAAAACAUUCAUUUAAAUCUUAAUCUUGAAAGUAAGAUUGGAGGAAUAGUGUCAUUGGUUCAAGGAUCAUAUGAUUACUUUCAUUAUCUUCAAGAUCAUUUUGAUGAUGAUGGAUGGGGAUGUGCUUAUCGAUCAAUGCAAACUAUAUGUUCAUGGCUCAAAUAUCAAGAUUACACUAAUAGACAGGUACCAACUCACAAUGAAAUUCAAAAUAUUUUAGUUUCCAUUCAAGAUAAACCACCUUCAUUCUAUAAAUCAAAACAAUGGAUUGGUGCUUUUGAGAUUACUUUAUGUUUACAAAAUCUUUAUAAUAUUGAUUGUAAAAUUAUAAAUGUUACAUCUGGAUCAGAAGUAAUUUACAAGGCAAGAGAAUUGGCAAGACAUUUUGAUAGAGAUGGUAGUCCUAUUAUGAUUGGAGGAGGUGUGUUGGCGUAUACACUACUCGGAGUUGACUUUAAUGCAGAGACUGGUGAUGCUAGAUAUCUUAUUCUCGAUCCACACUAUACUGGAAAUCCAACCGACUUGAAAAACAUCAAGGAUAAGGGUUGGUGUGCAUGGAAAGGCUCCAAUAUUUUUAGAAAAGAUGCAUUUUAUAACUUUUGUUUACCACAAGUACCAAAAGAUAUUUAA